UUAAUAACAAAGCUAAUAAGGUAUUGAAUAAAACAUAGGCUACUUAAAUACGUUUUACCUUAUAGAGAACAUUAUGCUAGAAAGCAUCCUUGACAUAUAUGGAGUAAACUACAGCAGCAAACAACAAACGCAAUGCUUUCAAAUUAAUUCACAUACAUUGAGUUUACAAGCUGCAUAGCAUUUGAAUUGAAAGUAUUCCUUACUUUCAAUUCAAAUGCCAUGCAACUUCUGGAUAAGUGGCUGCAGUAAGGUUUUUUUCCCCAAGAAUAGAGGCGAUUGUGCAAAUAGCCAAUUCAUUCCCGCAGUCAAUCCCCGGUGGGGUCAACGAGGGUCCCAGCUGUCGAUUAUAAUGCUGUGUUCUGAAUGAGCUGAGCGGCUGACCAAUCAUUUUGGAACUUUGUGUCUCACUGUCCACAUAAUCAAUUACAUUUAUAGCGAAACAUACAUCAUCUUUUGUAACGCUCCGUGUGUCGUUUUCACGACAAUCAGAAUAGGCUAGACCAAUCAUUUUGGAACUUUGUGUCUCACUGUCCACAUAAUCAAUUACAUUUAUAGCGAAACAUACAUCAUCUUUUCUAACGCUCCGUGUGUCGUUUUCACGACAAUCAGAGUAGGCUAGAGCAGACAAUCACCACUUGUUUGGAGAGAACGUAAGGGGAAUUAAGGGAGAGAGAGCAUGGCGAUGGAAGGACUACAAAUCCCCGUCGCUUGCGUGAAAAAUAAUUCGCCCCUUUACAUUAGCCUAUUCCCCCACACCAUCCGCAAUCUCAUUCACUGAGUGGCAGCGUCGGAGACAACAGCCUACUUCCGUCUCUCGGUCCUGCGCGAGGAUUCGAGCCUCAAUAAGGAUUCUGCUCAGCUGUUUGAGAGAGAAACAAGCUUCCCCAUGAGGACUUAAUGCAGUGACAACUAAACAAAGAGCUAUCAAAUCACCACUGACCAGAAAAACGAAAAACAGGACUGAAAAAAAAAACACUAUACAAAGGACCUAUUAUCUUCUCCAAAUCCAAACAUCUCAGAUAGCUUACAUAGUUCCCUUAGUGUUUUGCUUGCGUGUUGCCUGUCAACAGAAUUACUUCAUAGAAAUAACGGUCGGGCUGGCUCGCUGGAAUCACACAGUUGAAAAACGUUAUGUUUUUCUAUCCAACCCAGAUAGCGCUGUUUAGUUGUUUGUGAGAUAUUUUUAUUUAUUUAUUUUAGCCCAAAUGAGGAGCAUACAUAGUAUGUUUGUAUAAGAAAAGCAGCAUUGCUCUGCUAAGUGCAAACAGCAAUGCAGCUGAAUCAUGUCCAUUGCUAGAGAGUCCCACCAGCACCAACACAGGUCUCCAUAUCUACUGUCAGGGCAGUGUACUUUCUACUGCUGUCUGCCCAGAAGUAGUAGUAGUCACACUAGUACUGUGUGCUAAUGUGGCUCUAGCUAUCCACUCUGAGACACUGGCCCUCAGAAAGAGUAGUUGCUACACGAGCUACAGCUAAUGGGGAUCCAAAUAAGCUAAACUGAGAUACAGUGAUACUCAAGCCUUAGUUAUCUUCAGUAGCCCAACAAACACGAUGUCAUCAGACAACGACGAGACGGGCUCCGACCUAUCAGAUUCCCUGGAGGUCCGUGAGGUCCUACAGUUCCAGAACCAGUAUCAGUACAUGACCCAUGACACAGGGAGCUGCUUCAAGUCCAAGAGUCUCCCCAUCCUGAAUGGGCCCUGUCUGUCAGGCUGUGAUGAGCCUCUGCUGGGGGAACCACGUCUGGUCCAUACCACCCAAACCUCCAUGGCCACAGCAGCCACCGACCACCACAGCAGCCAGCUCCAUCGCCAAACCCCCACUGACCCUGACUCUAGCCAGGCAGAGUCUCCCUCCUCUCUGACAGACUUCAAGCUCCAGUCACCCUCGGCCUCCAGCCUGAUGGGGCUGAGAAGCUCAAUGGCCACUGGAGCCAAGGAUAAGAAACUAGGCUUCUCUUUAACCCGCUUCCUCCGUAUCCCCGCCAGGAAGUAUGUGCAAGCCAUCCUGGCCGACUCGCGCUGCUUCCUGUUCUGCAUGUGCUACCUGACGUUCAUCCAGUCGCUGAUGGUAUCGGGCUACCUGAGUAGCGUCAUCACCACCAUCGAGAAGCGUUACAGCCUCCGCAGCUCCGAGUCCGGCCUUCUUGUCAGCUGCUUUGACAUCGGCUCUCUCUUCGUCGUCGUCUUCAUCUCCUACUUUGGAGGCAGGGGUCAGAGGCCGCGUUGGCUGGCGGUAGGAGGGGUGUUCAUAGCCAUAGGAGCGGCUCUGUUCUCCUUGCCACACUUCAUCUCACCACCCUACCAGAUCCAGGAGCUCAACUCGUCCACGGGCCACGAGGGUCUGUGCCAGAGCGGGAACAGCAGCGGGCGGGAUGCCUUGGACGUGGCGUCGUGCCCCCGAGACCAGGAGGGUAACGAACACAACCUGUACGUGGCGCUAUUUAUCUGUGCACAGAUCCUGGUGGGUAUGGGGUCGACGCCCAUCUAUACCCUGGGACCCACCUACCUGGACGACAACGUCAAGAAGGAGAAUGCCUCCCUCUACCUCGCUGUCAUGUAUGUGAUGGGAGCCCUGGGGCCGGCAGCGGGAUAUCUGUUAGGAGGAGUUCUGAUUGGUUUCUACGUCGACCCCACAACUGUCAUCCAUAUUGACCAGAGUGACCCACGCUUUGUUGGCAACUGGUGGAGUGGGUUCUUGCUGUGCUCUAUAGCCAUGCUCCUGGUCAUCUUCCCCAUGUUUGCCUUCCCUAAGAAGCUGCCUCCGCGCCACAAGAAGAAGAAGAAGAAGAAGAAGAAGAUGACCUCAUCAGUAGAUGACGUGUCCAGCGAUGAUGAUUUUAUGAUGGAGAAGGGGGAGGGACAGAACGUCCAGACCGGCAUGGGCUUCGGGAAGGACAUCAAAGACCUCCCCAAGGCAGCGAUAAGGAUCCUGUCCAACACGACGUUCCUGUUUGUCAGUCUGUCCUACACAGCAGAAUGUGCCAUCGUUACAGCCUUCAUCACAUUCAUUCCCAAGUUCAUAGAGUCCCAGUUUGGCAUCCCUGCUUCUAACGCCAGCAUAUACACAGGUGUGAUCAUCGUGCCCAGUGCUGGGGUGGGUAUCGUCCUAGGGGGCUACAUCAUCAAGAAGCUGAAGUUGGGAGCCAGAGAGUCAGCCAAGCUGGCUAUGAUCUGUAGCGGGGUGUCUCUGCUCUGUUUCUCUACGCUCUUCAUCGUGGGCUGUGAGAGCAUCAACCUGGGAGGUAUCAAUAUACCAUACACCACUGGGCCCACUCUGACUAUGACCCAUCAUAACCUGACUGGAGGCUGUAAUGUGAACUGUGGCUGUAAGAUCCAUGAGUAUGCCCCGGUGUGUGGCUCUGACAGCAUCACCUACUUUAACCCCUGCCUGGCUGGGUGCAGCACGGUGAGCAACGGCAGCACUGGGAUCAGGAACUACACAGAGUGUGCGUGUGUCCAGAGCCGACAGGUCAUCAGCCCUCCCGCUGGUGGUCAAGGCAACCAACUGCAGCUGGUCAUCGUUAAGACCUACCUGAACGAGAACGGCUUCGCGGUGUCGGGGAAGUGUGACCGCACCUGUAACACCCUCAUCCCCUUCCUCAUCUUCCUCUUCAUCGUCACACUCAUCACCGCCUGCGCUCAGCCCUCCGCUAUCAUAGUCACUCUCAGGUCUGUGGAUGAACAGGAGAGACCAUUCGCUCUGGGGAUGCAAUUUGUCCUGUUAAGAACUCUGGCAUAUAUUCCUACUCCCAUCUAUUUUGGGGCGGUGAUCGACACCACCUGUAUGCUGUGGCAGCAGGACUGUGGCGUCCACGGCUCCUGCUGGGAGUACGACGUCACUUCCUUCCGCUUCGUCUACUUCGGCCUGGCCGCCAGCCUCAAGUUCAUUGGCUUCAUCUUCAUCUUCCUCACCUGGUACUCCAUCAAGUACAAGGAGGAGCAGGCGGAGCGCUGGCACCAGCGACUACCCCCGUUGGGCACUGUCUCUGACCUCAUCUGCCACGUGGGGGGCCAGAAGAGCCACGCCCGAACCCGCUCCUGCCCGGUGUUCAUCCCGCCUUGCGACCACCCUCCCGUGGCACUCCUUCUCAACCGGGGUCACAGCACCAUCACCCUCGUUAACAGAGCAAUAAACCCGCCCCUCCCUCUCUGCUGAUGCCACACACAGUAGCUCCGCCCACAUAUGAGAGCAGGAAGUAAACAGACCACACCUCUUCCUCUUUAGGUCACACCUCUACCUGUUCCUCCCCGGGGGUUGUGACACGUGUCUUCCUGUUCCUGUCUCCACCCUGUUUCUAAAAUAUACACCAAUCAGGCGGUGGGGGCGGUGAUUUCCAUGGCUCUGAUUGACAGGCAGAGAGACCAAUAGACUGAUAGUAACAGGGCAUUUGUGGUAUUAAAGAGCUGGCCACAGUUAUAUGGGCGUGUCACAGGGGAACAGCUCGACUCCCUAUUGACCUACAGAGCUGUCUGUCUCUGCUGUGCACAUUAUUAGCUGCAGAGUGGAGGCUGGUGGGAGGAGCUAUAGGACAGGUUCAUUGUAAUGGCUGAAAUGGAAUUAAUGGAAUUCAGUCAAACAAGUGGUUUCCAUUGAUACCAUUCCAGCAAUUACAAUGAGCCCAUCCUACAGCUCCUCCCACUAGCGACACAGCAUGUACAGAAGUUAACACAUAAAUGUUUGGGAUCAAUUCGAAUUGAAGGCAGUCAAUUCAGGAAGCAAACUGAAUCGAUAGUCAAUGACUUCUCAAACUGAAAAGAAGCUAUUUGUGUAAAGUUUUCAAUUUUGGAAUUUUAAAUUCAAAUCACUUCCUGAAUUGACUCCAACCCUGAUACAUUUCAUAAAUCAAAAUGUUUGUGUAUCAACAUGAUCACAUGGUGCUACUGUACUGUAAAAUGGGCUGGGCAUUAGUAUAUUCUAAUAUUAUUCUUCUCAGAAGGGACAUGUGGGUACUACAUUACCCAUGAUGCCUCAUCACAGUUGCAGCGUUUCUCUCAAGCACAACAUACUAACUGACAAACCUGUUCUAUUCUAUGCAAGGUCCUGUGUACUCCCAUACAGACAGACAUACACCUCUCUGUACUGUAUUGACUUACUGUACCCCUCUCUGUGCUUGCAUCUCAAAUGGCACCCUAUUCCCUAUAUAGUGCACUAUUUUUGACCUGGGUCCAUAGGGCUCUGGUCAAAUGUAGUGCAUUAUACAGGGAAUAUGGUGCCUUCUGGGACACAGCCUAUCACCCAUUCAAUCACAUUAUACCACAGCUGAGCAUAUCCAGCUAAUAUUGAAUGUGGUUAGCAGCAACAUUAAACAGUACUAUUUAGGAGGGGAUUAUAUCGACUUAAAACUCAGUCAUACAUGAGACAUUUGUCCAGUUCUGUCUGUCCUUGUGACCAUCUGUUUAAACUCUUGGUCCAGAGCAGAGAAUGGGCCACCCAUUUAUUUGACUCUUCAGCCCCCUUUGAAACAGUAACUCAGGCUGUGUGGGCCUAUCAUUGGUUGCUGGCUAGCUGAUUAAUGCUAAUAGCUACGAGGGUAACCUGCUAGCCAACUAGCUUGCUUAUAUCCAAUGGCUAGUUAGUAGCUAAUGCUAAUAGCUACCAGGCUAACCAGCUAGCUAGCUAAUAUCCAAGGGCCAGAUACUGGCUAAUGCUAAUAGCUACCAGUCUAACCGGCUAACUAGCCUAUAUCAAAGAUUAUGGAUAUAGUGACAAGAUACAUGUCUCUCCAUCCUAACAACCGGAGUCAUUGUCCACAAAGCAGCACGACUGGCUGUCUAGCUCCCAGCUAUUCUUUCUUUGGAUAUGUGGAUACAUUUCAUUAUUGUAAUCCUGAAUAUUUGAUGAAGGUUGUUGACGUGAACCGAUAUAUUCAAUGAGAAGAGAUGCUAUGCUACUAGCCUCAUGCCAUGAAUAUGCAUAGCCAUCUUGAGACAACUCCUCAUAUGAAGUGUUUUUUCUCAAAGUUGCCGGGAUGUCAUGUGUCCUAGUUAUAUCAGUAUACUCGUAACAACGUAAGCAUUACAACACUUUUAUUAGAUCAAGUAAACCUCAUGUAGCAAAUAAGCCAUAAACAAAAUGUAUUGACCAAAUUCGAUACUCUUAUUAACCUCCGUACCAAGCAAGGCUUGGUGGGUGAAACAACGAACAAACGAGGGAGACAUAUUUCCCCUCGAGUUGGGCCUCUCUCUUCCUCUCUGCCUAUAUCCAAAGACGAGUUACUAACGAACUGUCCAACUAGUCAGGAGUGGUGGUCUGCACCAUAGAUAGUUAGUCUGUUUGGAGUUAGUCUUCAUUAGGACUUUAACUUUACUCCAGGGCAAUGGGGAACACAAACACAGUUUUGUAUUUAUAACAUAACAUUAGGUGGUCUUUGCUGGAAGGGAAAACUCAGUCAUAAUCCUCAUCCAAAAAAAUAUGACAUAAGAGAACUAAAAGCUGUCAUUUUAACUGCAAAUAUCUACAAAAUGUAUUUUUUUUUUUGCUUUUUACUGGUUUGAAAAAGUAUUGAAUUUGUUUUGAAUUGAAUUUCCCUUUUUAUGUUAAAGGGGUAAUUCGGGAUUUUGGCAAUCUACUUCCCCAAAGUGGAUACCAUUUUGAUGAAGGAAGUUAGAGGUAGUUUCGCGAGCCAAUGCUAACUAAUGUUAGCGCAAUGACUGGAAGUGUAUGUGUAUCUAGCAUGAACCCAGCCCAUUUACAAACUGACUCUACACUGGGUCCAAUAUUGCUUCAUUUCAGCAUUGUUGUAUUGACAUUUAGGCAUUUAAGAAGUAGUGUAGUAAGGAAUAAAUCAACAAAGCCCAUUAUAUCAACAGAUAAGUCACAAUAACAAGAAACAGUACAACUGAUUUUUUUUUAAUCAUUCAGUUCAGGAGUGACUGGGACCCACCCUCUGCUGGACAUAAACAUGAAUUGCAGCCCGUGAAAAAGACAGUGAACGGUCUACACUUUACCAAGGUUUCCCAGAAAUUCCAGUAAGAAGAUUUCCGGAAUCAUGAGGGAAUAAGCAUGAAAUCCAUAAUCCUCACGGAAUUUUUGGAAAACCUGUGAAAGUUACUGGAAUUUUGCAACCCUACACAGACCUACUACUAAUACUGUUUUUGUCAAACUGGACUGCUGCUGUGAAUUUACUACUUGUUUUUGUUUUCUAGGACACUUUUUAAGAACAUAAACCAUUAUGAACAGCAACUACAGUAUUUAUACCUUGUUUGGCAUGAGGCAUGCCUCAUAUCCAUUAUAUAUUUGCGCUUUUAAAACCGGCUUCCAAAGAACAGCGGAUUUAUCUGAUGCAGUGGUAAAGUUUGAUGAAUUAGGCUGGGAUUCAAUCCGAUCGGGCUUUGUCCACAAUGCAUGUUUUAAAGGCAAUGUUCCCGCGUGCGAGGAGACCACAGUCACAGUAAAGGCUGCAUAUGUUGGCUCAAUCGGAAGUUACUUUACAUUGUCCAAAGGCUGCGAUGGGAUUAAAUCCCAGCCUAAAUGUCUUUGUCCUCAAGUUAUGUAAGAGACUGCUGUGUGUCUAUGAUGAUACUUGGCUGAAAAAUGCCAAGUUAUGGUUUCAUAUUAGUAUGAUCAUGAAUUAGUAGCUAACUGUUCCCAAACUAUUAUCAUGUAAAUAUUUAAAGAUAUAAAAUCAACGUAUUAUAGAGCUUAAACUUAGUUAGAAGUAGGUAUUUAUGAACUAACCCUAACCAUUGUAGACGACAUCAUAAAAUGACUUAAAAAUACAAAAACAAGGAAACCGUAUAUUUGCUUCUCUGUGCCUGAAUGACCUACAGUAUUUUGCAUAGGAACGACCUGUUACAUUGAAUUUGGGGGAUUGGGGAGUGGGUUGUAUUUUGCAGUAUGUUUUUUUGUUGAUGGGUCCAUUUGAAUUGGUUGGUGUUGAAGCCCUCUCUUUGGCUCCAUCCAAAACGACUUAGUUUGCAUCUCAAAUGGCACCCUACUCCCUUUAUAGUGCACAUAGGGGUCUGGUAGUGCAAAAGUAGUCCCCAUGCAUCCCCUAUUUCCCACGCAACCUGGCCAUAAGUAGUGACCUAUGUAAGGAAAAGGGUGCCAAUUGGGACAGGAUGGUAUUGUUACCCAGGAUGCCCUUUACCUCCAUUCAACAAGGUAUAAGCAGUACUAUAGGAAGGCUUGAACUGCGUCCGAAAUGGCACCCUAUUCCCUAUAUAGUGCACUAUAGGGCAUAGGGUGCAAUUGCAGAUGUAGCCUUAGCCUUCUCGCAACACUUCUCCAAGGUAGACUGUAGACUUGCUUUCCAUCUCUUUCUCUCCUUUCUCUCGCUCUCUUUCUUUUGAUCAGUAUUUCUUCAGAACGUGUUUUCAUUAUUUCAUGGACUGACAGUGUACUCUGACAGUGUAUUCCAUCCCAAAUGGCACCCUAUUUCCUAUAUAGUGCACUACUACCCAUAGGGCUCUCUGGUCAAAAGUAGUGCACUAUAUAGGGAAUAUGCUGCUAUUUGGGAUGCAAACUGGAGGUCUGCAGCCCUUGAUUUGUGUUCCUCAGGAGCAGAAGUCGAAACCAUAUUUGUGGACACUUGGGCUCCAUACUUGCAAACAUUAGAACAUUUUCUCAGUCUCAAAAUGCGCAUCAGCCAAUUCAAAUCGGUGACAUAGUUGCACCUUGUAAAAUGCUAUAUGUUAGCUGUUCCCAUUACAUAAUCUGGCACAUUUAGCCAUAUGCUAACCAGGCGGCAGUGAUUAUUUCCUGUAAGAAAUUCCACAUCAGCCUAUCAAGAUCUUAGACUUUAUAUCCAUCAACCAAUGGCAUUUCUGAAAAUAGGUCAACUUGGCCACCAGAUGUAUAUUUUAAACUUCCAAAUUAAAUAACUUUUGUUCCACUUGAUCUGUCACAAUUGUAGUGUGCCAAUAUUUCAUGACAAUGAAUCCUUGACUAGGCUACUAAAAUUCAAGAGGCACAUUUUUGCUCAUCCAUUUCACACACGUUCAUGUGCUUUUACGGGAAAAAGAUAAAGGUCUAUAAAACGUUUAUUAAGUUUAUCGUACAUCGUUAGCGUAUGCCACUAAGGUGAUGUGAAUCUUCGGAGUACAGUAACCGUGGGUUAGAGGCCCCCCCAUCUCAUGAAGCUCAUGAAGGGAAAAAAAAGAAAAUUACCAGAAGCCAGACUUACAACACUGACCUAUCCGUCCAGUUGAAAUGUUGCAUGUAUUUUAGUAACUUUAAUUAGCUGAUGGUGCCGUUUGAGUCAUGUUAAAGAUGCUCUCAUGGAAAAGUGGCCCACUACGUUAGCAUUUGUAUUUGGCUGAUGCAGAAUUUGUUAACAGGCAUGAUCACUGCCACCUGGUCAGGUUAGCAUAGGGCUAAAUGUGCCAGGUUAUCUAAUGGGAACUUCCAAAGUCAUGUUUUAUCAUGUGCAACUACGUCAAUGAUUUUAAUUGGCUGAUGCACAUUUUGAGACGGAGAAACUCUGACCUUAAACUAAUGGACCCUUGGUUUACAAAUGCCUUGAAUACUUGAUAUGUGUCAUUAAAAAACUGUAAAAAGGA